AUGGACGCGCCGUCGGACCGCGAUCUGACCUUGGCGCCCUCGUCUUCACGCAGGUUCACCGGUGAAUCGCACGCCGCGAGGUCCACGGCCAUCCCCGGCACCCCCGAGCACGGACCCGCCGCGCACGAUGCCACCGCGUCGCCCGACGUCUCUCCCGCGGUGAGCAUCGACGAACUCCCGCUCCCGCCGCUCGAUCCCGGCAUGCUCGACGAUCACGUCGACCCGUUGAACGUCGACGUCCUCGACGACUUUGACGUCGCGGGCGGGAGCGGGAUCCUGGACGACGUCUUCACGCUCGAUCCCGACCAGCUGUUCGUCCCGCCCGGGAUGCAGCAGCCCGCGGGAUCCGGCGCGGGCUCGCUCCAACACUCCGCGCCCGGCGGAUCGCUCGGGGGGUCCGACCUCGAGAAGGGCUUUGAAAACGAAGAUCCCGAGAAGCGAACGGCGAGGCUGGCGCGGAACAGGGAGAGCGCGCAGCUGUCGAGGCAGCGCAAGAAGCAGCAGCUGAGCGACCUCGAGCGCCGAUGCAGGUCCCUGCACGCCGCCAACUCGCAGAUGCACCAGCUCGUCGCCAGGUUGAGCCACGAGAAUCACGCGCUGCGCCAUCACAUCGCGUCCACGGGGGGCGCGCCGCUGCCGCCGCACCUGCAAAUGCCCGCGACGCCGCCGCCGGUGGUGGUGCUCCCGCCCGGCGCGACGCCGCCGCCGGGGAUGGUGCCCCUGCACCCGAGCAUGAUGCCGCAAGCCACCAAGGUGCCCCUCCCGACGAACGGAGCGACGCACAGCUGUGCGCCGACUCCACCGGAAAAGCCGACCCCGCCGGAAAAGCCGGGGACCCUUCGCGACGAGGUCCCGGGAUCGAUACCUCCCGCCGCCGCCGCGCCCGCCGUCGUCGCGACGGGAGGGGGUAAGAGGCGUAAGGCGACGGGCGGCGGCGUCGCCGCGGUGACCGCGGGCGCGCUCGCCGUGCUCUCCGUGGUGUGCCUCGCCGGCGUGGGCUCGCGGACGGGCGGCUCCGACGCGCCGGCUGCGGCCGGCGCGCAGCUUGCGCUCGGGUCGUCGGCGAGGAUGGCGCGUCACCAGCGGCGCCUGAUGUCCAUCGACGCCGUCGCCAAAGAAGAGGAAAAACCCAUCCCCAUGCGGGGAGCGGGCCGGGAAAUCGCGCUCAGGCAGCCGCCGGGGGUUGACCUGUGGGACGCGAGGGGCAAGGCGUCGUACCGCCGCGAGGUGCUUCGCGACACAGCUGGCGAAGAUUCCAAUAUCGACGCCUCAAACGGCGCCACGGCUCUCCACCGUCUGUCCAGCCGCCCGCCCUCGUCGGGCCCCGAGGCGUCGUUCGGCGAGGCUGAUCCGCUCUUUGCCGCGUUUCGCGCUGCUGGACUCCGGGCGGAUGCGCUGUCUCGCGUCAUCUGCCAGGAGAUGUUCCGAUGGACCCCCGGCCCGGGUAACGCGACACAGACGGGGAACGGCGUGGACGUGGAGCUCGCGCGGCGCGUGCGCGUGGCGAUGGAGGAGGAUGAGGAGGAGGAGAGUGGGGAUGGAGGCGGCGCGGAGGAUGAUGGGGAGGCGGAUGGGACGUUUGAGAAGAUCGGGCGGGCAACCUCCGCCGGAGAGUUGCUCCCCGCGGCGAUACCGCUGCCGCCGUCCGUGGCGCCCGACGGCACCGGCGUGGCGCUUAACGUGAUGGGGGACGCGAGCAGGAGGAUGACGACGUCCGCGGCGGAGGCUGCGGCGGCGAGGAGCAUCUCCACCGGUAGGUUCGACGGCGAGGACGACGCGAAUUUGGUCUCGGUCCUGUUCGGGAGGCCGCAGUCCGCGUCGGACGCGGACGACGACUCGCGGCUGUUCGUGGUGACGCACUCGCCGAGGAGCUCGGAGUACGUCACGUACGCGUGCAGGUUCCCCCGGGGUACGUACAUCGGAUCCGCCGCCGCCGCCGCGCGCAGCUGA